UCAUCCUUAAGCUCCAUGACCCCAUGAAUAUGGAUAAUAUUGCCUCUGUCCACCUUACAAAAACAGAAUCUUGUGCCUCAAACGGAUCCUAUAAAUACUACAAAAGAACUUAAUGGUUACCUCUCCUUCUGUGAUCAUAUAUCAUCAACUCUUUAAAAAGAACUCAAAGGCAUAAAUUCUAGGCAAUAUUAUCCGUUUUGGUGCGAGUGUAAUCUUGGAAAUUUAAGUAGAGAGAGAGAUCAGAAAAUGUUGGCAAUAUUUCACAAAGCUUUUGCUAACCCACCUGAGGAGCUUAAUAGUCCAGCAUCUCAAAGAAGUACUAGGAAGCCUAAGCUUCCUGAUGAAACUCUGAGUGAGUUUCUUUCUCACCACCCUCAGAAGACUUUCUCCAUAAACUUUGGUGAAGCUGCAGUGCUUGCUUAUGUUCCCCAGGACAGCCCUUUCUCUCCACAACAAAGGUUGUUUUGUGGUUUUGAGGGUAUAUACUGCCUUUUCUCUGGAAGCUUGAACAAUUUAUGCACACUCAAUAAGCAGUAUGGAUUAACAAAGGGGACUAAUGAGGCCAUGUUUGUGAUAGAAGCUUUCAAGACCCUUCGUGACAGGGGUCCAUAUCCAGCUGAUCAAGUUGUCAAGGAUCUUGAUGGGAGUUUUGCUUUUGUUAUCUACGAUAGCAAGGCAGGAACCGUUUUCGCUGCACUGGGCUCCGAUGGUGGAGUUAAGCUGUACUGGGGUAUAGCAGCAGAUGGCUCUGUGGUGAUUUCUGAUGAUUUGGAAAUCAUAAAAGCUGGAUGUGCCAAAUCAUUUGCUCCCUUCCCAACAGGAUUUAUCUUCCAUAGUGAAGGAGGUUUGAUGAGCUUUGAGCAUCCGAUGAACAAAGUUAGAGCCAUGCCAAGGACCGACAGCGAAGGAUUCCUGUGUGGCGCAAAUUUCAAGGUUGAUGUCUUCACAAGAAUUAAUAGCUUACCCCGCAGGGGAAGUGAGGCCAAUUGGACCGAAUGGGAAUCACACAGCUGAUCAAGGAUUUGCUGUGUUCAAUUUAAAGCCAGAUCAGAACUACAAGCAAGAGCUAACGUCUUCUAAACUGAUCUCUUUUCUUCACGGCGUCCGUUUUCCUUCCUUUUCUUGCUUUUUUUUUUUUGUGGUCUGUUUUCUUCUCACUCGGUACAAUGUCAAUAAGAAAGAGUGAUACGUGUUCAA